UUUAUUUCUUCCCUCCACCAUAGAAAAAAAAAACCCCACAUAUAAUCACUUCCAUUAGAGAGAAAGAGAGAGAGAGAGAGAAGAGAUAUGGGAAAGAGCAAAGUGCUAAUAAUUGGAGGAACAGGUUACUUGGGGAAGAGAUUGGUGAAGGCAAGUUUGAGAUUAGGGCAUGAAACUUAUGUUUUACAAAGGCAAGAAAUUGGAGUUGAUAUAGAGAAAAUAGAGCUUCUUUUAUCAUUCAAGAAAGAAGGAGCCCAUUUGGUCUGUGCUUCUUUUAAUGACCAUAAUACCCUUGUUGAGGCUAUCAAGCUUGUGGAUGUUGUUAUUUCUGCUGUUUCUGGUGUUCAUAUUAGAUCUCAUCAUAUUCUCCUUCAACUCAAGCUUGUUGAUGCAAUCAAAGAGGCAGGAAAUAUCAAGAGAUUUUUACCGUCGGAAUUCGGGACAGAUCCAGCAAGAAUGGAAAAUGCAAUGGAGCCAGGAAGAGUGACAUUUGAUGAUAAAAUGGUUGUAAGGAAAGCCAUUGAAGAGGCUAAAAUUCCUUUCACUUACAUCUCAGCAAACUGUUUUGCUGGUUACUUUCUUGGUGGUUUGUGUCAACCUGGUUCAAUCCUUCCUUCCAAAGAUCAUGUUGUUCUCCUUGGAGAUGGCAAUCAAAAAGCAAUAUAUGUGGAUGAAGAUGACAUUGCAAUGUACACAAUGAAGACCAUAGAUGACCCUAGAACUCUAAACAAAACAGUGUACAUUAGGCCACCCAAAAACAGUUUAUCACAAAGAGAAGUUGUUGACAUUUGGGAGAAAUUAAUUGGAAAACAGCUCACAAAAACCUCCAUCUCUGCCCAAGAAUUUCUAGCUAAUAUGAAAGGUCAAAACUAUGCGGAGCAAGUAGGGUUAACUCAUUAUUACCAUGUAUGCUACGAGGGUUGUCUCGCAAACUUCGAGAUAGGAAAAGAUGGUGAAGAAGCUUGCAAUCUCUAUCCAGAAGUCAACUACACUAGUGUGGAGGAAUACAUGAAACGCUACAUUUAAGGGCUUAAAUGCAAACCCUAAAAUAAACCACAAGGGCCUAUAUACAAACCCUACAAAUAAACCAUAAGGCCUUAUAUGCAAACCCUAUAAAUCACAACCAAUGUCCUAAACUCAUAUGUUCAAUGUCCAAAUCUCAAAUUUAUGUGUAUGUUUAAACUCCAUUGACAAUAUUGAUGGAAAUGUCAAAGUCUCCUUUAUUUAUUUA